AUGAACCCACAUGAAGAAGUUACCACUUGUUCAAACAAUCCCUGUUCCAAGCCAUUAUCAUGCAAUGCAUUCACAAUACCAGCUGCGUAUCAAUGUGACUGUACAGGAUUCACAGAGAAAAUGUGCCAAGAAUAUACAAUAUGUACUAAUAAUCCUUGUCGUACUGGCUACAGCUGCAGACAGUCAACUGGCUCUAAUACAUAUAGAUGUUCCUGUCCUGAUGGUUACUUAGGCGAAAACUGUGACGUAUAUGACGCAUGCUACAGCAACCCGUGUCCAGGAGGACCAUCAACAUGCACCUGGUAUACCAACCCAACUAGAUACACCUGUGCCACCAAUAACGGUUGUGCGAGUAAUCCGUGUAACACAGGACAAUGUACAUCAUCUACCAACAGCUACACCUGUACCUGUCCUACUGGCUACACUGGCAGCGACUGUAGCAUUUAUGAUGGUUGUGCGAGUAAUCCGUGUCCUACAGGGCAAAUGUGUACACAGUACACCAGCUUCUACACCUGUACCUCCUGCCACACUGGCUUUACUGGGAGCGACUGUAGCAUCUAUGAUGGUUGUGCGAGUAAUCCGUGUCACACAGGACAAUGUACAUCAUCUACCAACAGCUACACCUGUACCUGUCCUACUGGCUACACUGGCAGUGACUGUAGCAUUUAUGAUGGUUGUGCGAGUAAUCCGUGUCCUACAGGGCAAAUGUGUACACAGUACACCAGCUUCUACACCUGUACCUCCUGCCACACUGGCUUUACUGGGAGCGACUGUAGCAUCUAUGAUGGUUGUGCGAGUAAUCCGUGUCACACAGGACAAUGUACAUCAUCUACCAACAGCUACACCUGUACCUGUCCUACUGGCUACACUGGCAGUGACUGUAGCAUUUAUGAUGGAUGCAUGAGUAACCCGUGCCAUACAGGAUACAUCUGUACAUCGUAUACCAACCCAGAUAGAUACACCUGUACCUAUGAGGAAUUUAAACUAAUUCUCACAGACACCUAUGAUGAUAACUAUUCUAUUGAUGAGUUUUGA